UCAAAAAUGAGAAGAAAGAGGGGGAGGGGGUGUCUCGUUCUCAUCAUGCUUUUCUCUCUCGGCUUGGCCAGACAGGGAGCUCUAAGGGCUCCCAACCGCGUCCACCGUCCCUUCCCACCAGGGCUGGAGCCGUCUGGGCACCAGCCGUUCCCAUGGUGACAGCCGACCACACAGCCCAGGACAGCCAGGGCGCGGGCGGCUGCGCUCACCUGCCGGUGCAGGCUCGGGAGGGCCGAGCGGUCCCCGCCCAAAGACUGGGCGCAGGUGGAAACUCACCCUCGGAGCUGCGGCCGGCGUCUGCAGCCGGCUCCGGGGAGGCCACCAGGCGCCCGCGCAGCGCUCAGAGUCGCCGUCCAGCCCCACCGCUCCGGCUCCGCACAGGGCGCCCCUCUCCCGCCUCCGCCGACCGUGAGGACGUGGGCGGGCCGCGAGCGCCGCCCCGCCCGAAGAAUGACCUUGGAAAGGAAGUUACCUGCGCUCCAGGGCCGAGAGAACAAGUCUUCAAGUUUAAUAUCCAGUGACUCUUGCUCACAGCCAGACACUUCAUAAAUCCUUUUUUCAAAAACCCCAGGUAAGUACACUGGUACCCCAAUGUAGGUUUGUUGGGAACCACCCAGAGAAAUCCAUUUUCCCUGUAAUGAAGUUAAUACUUUCAUUCUCUACAGGCAUCUCAAAAAUGACUUUAGCUAUCUCAUGUGGCUUUGGUGACUCUGGGGGAAAAAAGAAACAUAUAACUAAAGGGAAGUAAUUGUCCAAACAGUAAGAAUAGAUACAAAUUACUCGGCACUAUCUUUCUCUUGUUCCAAAGACAUCAUAUUGAGACAUACAUGCCUAAAAAAUUGUUGUGAAAGAGCCAAGCUUCUGUCUGGCCUAGAAGUUCAGUCAGUGCACUAGUACUGGGAUACAGUGCCCCCAAAAGUUUUUAUUGAAGAGCUCAAGUUUGUGUCUGGUUAUAACUUCCCAACUGAAACAAGCUACACAUGUGAAUGAGUAAGUGAAGACAUAUAUGACUCCUGAAAAGUAAUCCACAGAUUAUUUUCAACCAGGGGGUUCGCUUCCACCAUGAAAGAGUGCUAAGCUAAAGCCACACUUAGUUCAAGUAUUCCUUUGAUCAGCCACUAAGUGCCCAGAUUUUAACAUAAUCCUCUCGUUUUUAAAAUCAGCACGUGGUUCUUCAUUUUGAGUGUUGGUACCCUACAUGUCUCCUUUUCCAGAAUUUACUCUUCCACCAUUUGAUACAUGAAGAGGCAAGAUAAUCUCACCUCUCAUAGCUCCUGAAACAUCUAUCUUCAAAAAGAUACAACGGCUGAAGAACCUUUCAGGUAAUAAUUACCAAGUUGCAGAUUCAGAACCUGACUACUGAAUUCCCAUGCUAAAGAAAAAAUGAAGACACUGUAAUAUUUACAGUACACAAACUUAGAAAUGUUAUAAUACAUGCCUGAAACCUGGUCCUUCACAAUUCAUAAUGAUACAGAGGUUUAUUCUUAAAUUUUCUUUAGCAUCUUCAGUGUAUCUCAACUGGGAAAGCAGCCUGUCGAACACGUACUGAUUGUGUGCUAACAGAUAAAGCAUCAAACUUCAAAUCUCACUGUAAAAACAAGGCCAUACUACUCAGUUCGGAGUGUCUCAUUUUCUUUUUGUAUUGUAGAAAUUCAAGUCCACAACGUAUUUCACCUGAAAUAUCCACUGGAGAAUACUUCCACUGGAGAAAUCCACUGCUUAGAAUUACGUAUAAGAAGUGAAAGAAUGGAUCAUUAAGGCCAUCAGAGACUAGUCAUCACAUUAAUGUUAUUAAAAAGAUUGUUCAUAUUAAAAGUACCAAUAAUGAGAAAAUAUGGAAAUGUUCCUGUGACAAUUAAAAUCCUUCAUCCUCUGGUUUUCUUUAA